AUGUCGUCCACCACUCCCAUCGAGGACACAAUUCGCGCCAAGGUCACCGCCGCUCUCUCUCCCUCCACCCUCGAAAUUUACAACGAUUCCCACCUUCACAGCCACCACAAGGCCAUGCAAGGCCAAACCUCCAAGGAGACACACUUCAGACUGGUCAUCGUUUCCGACGCUUUCGGCACCAAGAUGCAAUCCGCCCGCCACCGCAUGAUCUACGCCCUCCUCCGCGAGGAGAUGUCCCGCGAGGGCGGCAUCCACGCCCUCCAGCUCAAGACCCUGACGCCCGAAGAGGAGGAGAAGCAGAGAGAGGCAAAGGCGGCCAAGGCCGCCGCCAAGCAGGCCGAGGCUGAGACCCAGUCGUCCGACGACUCUACUUGA